CGUGCCGCGGAGCCCCGGCAGAGGGAGCCCGGCUCUCGGGCUGGCCCCGCCGGGCAGGGAGCGAGGGGGCGGCGCGGUGCUGGAACAAUCGCGCCGGAGCGGAUCCGGAGCAGGGUCCCACCCACCAGGAGCCGGGCGGCGGCGGGGGCCGUUUCUCUGCGCGGGGCCGGGCCGGGCCCAGGGCGGGUAGCGCCCGCCGGGCGGAUGCUGCGGGCUCCGGCUCCCACGAUGCAGCCCCGGCGCCGCGGCCUCCCGCUGCUGCUGCUGCUGGUCGCGGGCAACAUCUGUCCCGCGCCGGGCAAGUCUGCGGGGGAGCCGCCCAGCCCGCAGGAGGUGCUGAUCAAAGUCCAGGUGUAUGAGAACAGCGACCUCUCCCCACUGGCCCAGGCUGCCGUGGAGGUAUAUGGGAACCACACGUCGCUGGCCUCGGGCUCCACUGACCAUGAGGGCGUCGGGAUGCUGCCCGUCAGCUACCGCCUGGGCACCUGGAUCCUGGUCACCGCUGCCAAGCGUGGUUUUGUCACCAACUCUGUGCCCUGGCGGGUCGACAAGCUGCCGUUGUAUGCCUCUGUCAGCCUGUACCUGCUGCCGGAGCGGCCCGCCACCCUCAUCCUCUAUGAGGAUUUGGUGCAGAUCUUGCUGGGAUCACCAGGGGCCAAGAGCCAGCCGUGGGUGCAGUUCCAGCGCAAGGCGGCCCGCCUGCCCCGCAGCUCCACCUACAGCCAGCUCUCCGCCUCCCUGACGGCCGCCAGCGGAGCCCACGACAUGCGGGGCUUCCCCUCCUUCAUCGGGGCCGAGAGCAACAGCAGCGCCAACAGCACCUGGCUGGAGCUGGUCCCCAUCGCCGCCGUCAGUGUCCAUCUCUUCACGGGCAACGGCACCGAGGUGCAGCUGUCGGGCCCUGUGCACCUCUCCAUCCCGCUGCCUCCCGACACCAGCGCCACCACGGCCACCAGUGUGCCAGCCUGGAGGUUCGACACCAAGAGCGGCCUGUGGCUCCGGAACGGAACAGGGCUGAUCAGGAAGGAGGGGCGCCAGCUGUACUGGACGUUCGUCUCGCCCCAGCUGGGGUGCUGGGCUGCCGCUCUGCCCUCCCCCACCACAGGGCUGGUGGCGCUGGCGUCGGGGAUGAGGGACAUCACCGCAUACCACACCAUCUUCCUGCUCACCAUCCUGGGGGCACUGGCACUGCUGGUGCUGAGUCUGCUCUGCCUGCUUGUCUACUACUGCAGGCGGAGGUGCCUGAAACCCCGACAGCAGCACAGAAAGCUGCAGCUGUCCGGGCCGCUGGAUGCCUCGAAGCGAGACCAGGCCACUUCCAUGUCCCAGCUCAACCUGAUCUGCACCAGCCACCUGGAGACAGCCUCCUCGGCCGGCGACACUGACGCGCACACGCCCAUCCUCAAGUCGGCCUUCUCCAGCUCCCGCGAGCUGGGCAGUUCCCGCGAGGAGUUCUUCCGCCACAAGCUGCGGCAUGUCAGCAAGGCCUCCACGGAGACGCUGAGCCAGCGGGGCGGCCCUAAGGAGGAGUACCCGCGCCCCGGGGAGAGCUUCUCGCUCAAGGCCGCGCGCUCCAUGGACGGCCCGGGUGCGCUGGAGCCCCCCGUGCUGGAGGAAUACAAGCGCGGCUUCUCCCACCAGCGCGUGGAGGACAAGGGCGCCGAGCCGCCACGGAAGCACUCAAGGAACGAGAGCAAGCCCUACCUUCAGGAGCCACCCUCCCCGCCACCCCUGCCGCCCCCCUUCGACCACUAUGUGGGCCACAAGGUGGAGCCCAAGCCCCCCGACUUCAUGCUGUCGCAGUCCGUGGACCACCUGGCCAGGCCCACCUCGCUCACCCAGCCGGGGCAACUCAUCUUCUGCGGCUCCAUUGACCACAUGAAGGACAGCGUAUACCGCAACGUCAUGCCCACCUUGGUCAUCCCGGCCCAUUACAUGCGCCUGGCGUCGGAUUACCCGUCCGGGGAGCAGGCCCUGGCCGGUCCAGCAGAGAGCCAGCCCGAGAUGGAGGGGCUGCCCAGCCAGGCUGGGAUGACCAUCCCACACCAGUUCGGGCCCCAGGACCAGCAGCGGCAGCUCCUCCAGCAGCAGCUCCAGCUGCAGCACCAGCAGGGCGAGGACUCGGAGGGCAAGGGCUGGGGGCCACACUCCUCCUCGGUCAGCGGCUCUGUCACCAUCCCGGUGCUGUUUAACGAGUCCACCAUGGCCCAGCUGAACGGGGAGCUGCAGGCACUGACAGAGAAGAAGCUGCUGGAGCUGGGGGUGAAGCCCCACCCGCGGGCCUGGUUCGUCUCACUGGAUGGGCGCUCCUCCCAGGUGCGCCACUCCUAUAUCGACCUGCAGGGCAGCGAGAAGGGCCGGAGCAAUGACGCCAGCCUGGACUCGGGCGUGGACGUCCAUGAGGCCAAGCCCCACAAGCGGGCCAAGGAGGAGCGGGAGCGCCCCCCCGCCCCCGCCGCCUACUCCAAGCUGGCGUUCCCCGAGGACCCGGAGCAGAGCAGCAGUGAGAGCCGCACGGCCAUCUGCUCCCCCGAGGACAACUCCCUGACGCCCCUGCUGGACGAGACGGCCGAGCCCCGGGCCUCCACCAUCCCCCGCCGGGGCCGCAGCCGGGGCACCAGCUCCCGCAGCAGUGCCAGCGAGCUGCGCCGGGACUCCAUGACCAGCCCCGAGGAUGAGCUGACCGACCCAGCCGAGGGCGGCGAUGAGCCGGGAGACAAGAAGAGCCCCUGGCAGAAGCGUGAGGAGCGCCCGCUCAUGGUCUUCAAUGUGAAGUAAGCGGGGGGGCCUGCGCCCGCUUCCCCUGCCCCCUGAGCUGGCGCCAGCCCCUGGGGGGCAGAGGAGGGGGCGGGGGGGCCGCACGACGGAUGGCUCCGUGCCCCCAAAGACCCCCAGUCUUCUCCGCCUGAGGGCUGAGCUCUGUCGGGGAGCAGGGAAAGGGGGGGACCCACACUGGGAGGCAGUGGGGCUGACCCCCAGGGUGGUCCAGAUGCAGAACCAGUGACCUGCUCCCCCCUGCAGCCGGACACCGCCCGUCGUGCCCCCCUACCAUUCGAGGGAUGGCCCAGAGCAGGGAGGAGACGCUGCGGCAGCGGGACGAUGUACCCACCACCAGGAUCAUCUGUCAAGGCUGCUGCAUGCCAGGCCCUGCUGCUAGGCAGGGGCUGGGGGACGGGUGACUCAAGGACUCAGUAGGCCCCCUACCCCCCUUCUAGGCUCAGCGGGCAGAGCGAAGGGAUUGAGUCCGGGGGGGGCAGGGCCCGGGCAGCCUGGCCCAGCCCCUGUUUCCAAGCACACUCUGGGUAGCCUGGGCAGACCAUCCAGGGAAGUGACCCCAGGGAGAGCACGGAGCCAGAGCAAGCUGCGGCUGCUCCUCCCCCAUGACACCAGGCUGGAAGGGGUUAACAGCAGCCUGCUGCCCCUGUGGCGUCUGUACAGCUCUAGGGCGUGUGGCACGCCUGAGGAUGGUGCCCAUCGGCUGGCACCUCGCUGUCCAGCCCCAGCUGCACCUGCCUGUCGGGGGUGGGACAGCCCCACACCUUGCCUGGGGCAAAGCAGAUCCCAGCUGCGCUCCUGAGGCACAGCCAGGCCGGGCGCUACCAGAGUCCAGCGGCUGCAGCAGGUGCCGGGCUGCCAUUGGAACCUGACCCUCGACUGCGUCUCUUAACGUUCCUGCCAAACACCCUGGGACUGCACCGAGUGUCCUCUGACCCCAAGGUGCCAGCCGCACGCCGCUCCCCACCGUCUCCUCCAAGUGCCUUUGCGCUGCAGAGCGAGUGGCACAGCUGGGCCAUGCGCCCAGAGCUGGGAGCCCACUAAAUUCUCCUUGUUCCUAAUGUGCUUUCCCCAGGCCGGCUACUGCCUCCAGCACGGGCUGGGAGGUGGCAACAUCCCACCACACAGACUGGGAGCUGUCUGCAGAGCUAGGCUGGGUCUGCGCCCCCAGCGCUGGCCCUCACGCAUGGCAGGGGAUCAGCCAGCCCUAUACUGUGUAAUGGGGAGGGGCCCUAGCAGGAGUGUAGGAUCUCCCCAUCCCCUGGCCUGGGCUGUGGGGCAGGGCCCUGGAGGCUAUAGUCUUGAGGCACUUCCCAUUGCACCCACUAGCGCCACCCUGGGGUGCAGAUGCACUUGGGCCGAGAAGCAGGUGCUGUCGGCCUCUGCACCCAGGCAGGCUCUAGACUGGGGCCCUGUGGCGGAGAGAGGGGGUGCUGCUAGGUGAUGGGGGGAUCCCUUGGGAAUAAAACACCUACCUGUGGCUUUUACUUUCACCUCUUAGUGUCUUUUUGCCCUACAUGUGCUGCUGCCCCAUCUGCGGGUGAGGGAGGCUUGCAGCCCCCGUGCCUCUCUCCGGCCUGCGCCAAGGUGGAGGGUUGGUGUGUUGUGCCCAUCGCUCCUGCUGGCUGCAGUUGCCCUCUCAGCUGGGGCCUGGAGCCUGUUUGUGUCCUAUAUCCGCUCUCCCCCUGAAGUGGGAUGGACUGUGCUUUUUGGGGCAUCAUUUGCCUGUGGAACUCCUUGCCACUAACUCCCUAGGCUUGACAAGGGGGAGAUGUCUCUACAGCUGCCAGGCCUGUCACCCAGUCCCUACAGCCUGCUGUAUCUCUCUGUGGAGCAGGCAGGGCCCAGCGCUGGGGGGCACGGGAGCUGUAUUCUACUCAGGGGUAGAAUACAUAACCAGCUUCUAGCCCCAGGCAGCUCCCUGAAAGGUUUCAGCAUGUUGGGGCUGUCCAUGUUACAGAGUUGGGGGGAGGGGAGGGCCGAUCCCAGCCAGUUCCCUCCAGUGCCUCAGAGAGAGGCAGGGGCCCUGCUCUCAAUCAUGAGGCUUGAUUGGCAACUGCCUGCUGCAGGGAACUAGCAUGGGCAGCACCCCCGCCUUGGGGGAUUAGAGGGGGCUUGGUCAGGUCUGACAGGUGACUCUCCAUGGCAUGAGUGUGCCCCCCACAUUGGACACAGGGAGCUCUAAGCCCCCCCACCAAGAGCAGCUCCAGGCUGGCCAUGCAGGCAGCAGUCCCCCCCGCUCCUUGAGCACCGGCCUCUGACCAACAGGUGUGGGCAGCACUGGAACCUGGGCACCUUGGCUCAGGCCCUGCUGAGCAGCCCCUGGUUUGCUUGGAUUUUAAUGCUGGUAGUUCUGAAAUUCUCCCUGGGGCGAGAGGAGAGCUGUGGCUGUGCCUGGACCCUGUCAAUUCUCCAAUGGGCAGAGGUCCAUGGGCAGCCUGGCAUGGAUCUGUGCCCUGGCACCCACCCUUCAGCCCACAGGGUGCAUGUGAAACCCCCUGAGUUUUAUCCAGGGAGCAAGGCUGGGGCCAGCUUGGCCUGUAGGCCCCCCUGUGUGUUCUCUAGAAUGGCAUUAAUAUAUAAAACCCUUCAACUCCU